UUCAUGUUCACUGAUUGCUAUUCGUAUUGUACGGAUACAUCGACUUGCUUCAUGAAACUCCAACCGAGUAUACCACAACGAGCCAAUGACGCGCAACGUCAAAAAGCUGGAUCCUGCCGUCUUCGCAUCUUGCAUACCUGAGUGAAUUCCAACUGGGGGGAUAGUAUUUGACCCUCUAACUCUCAAACCGCGGCACAGCAACGCAGGCUCCCCACGGCCUCCCAACACUCGCAAUGUCGUCAGUCAAGCGGAAACAGCCGCCGGCCAGUUUACUGCAGCGCAGAGUCAGACCUAGAUAUGAGCCGGAGCCCGAGUCGGAGGUUGAGGACGACGUGAGCGAGGCGCCUAGCGAGGAGGGUGCUGGCGACUCCGGUUCGGAUGAUGAGGACGAGGGACCCAGCGAGGAUGAGUCGGGGAGCAGCAAUGAGGGCAGCUCUCAUGGGGAUUCAGAUGAAGAGGGAGAGGAGGACGAGGACGAGGACGAGGACGACGAGGAGACGCCGCAGAUCGACGCCUCGCAGCUCUCCUUCGGUGCCCUCGCAAAAGCCCAGGCGGCUAUGGGCCCAUCGUCGAGACGGAAACGUGGAAACCCCCCAAAGGAGAAAGACACCGACAACCUCAGCCACAGCUCCAAGAGCGACCAUGCCGCCGGCGGAAAAAAGCCCGAGAAGCGCGCCAACAAGCACGCGCCGGUCGAGAUGAGCAGCACCAAGCCGGUCUCGCGUCUGCGGGACUUCCUCACCGUCACGGCGGAGCACAAGCGGCCGCAGGCGCGCGACCCGCGCUUCCUGCCGCUCGGCGGCGGGGGCGGCGGCGCCAGCAAGAUCGACGAGAUCAAGGCGCGCAAGGCGUACGCCUUCCUGGACGAGUACCGCGAGUCCGAGAUGCGGCAGCUGCGGGAGGCGCUGGGCAAGACCAAGGACGCGGCGCAGCGCGAGAAGCUGCAGCGGGCGCUGCAGUCGAUGGAGAGCCGCAAGCAGGCGCAGGAGCGCAGGGACCGGGAGCGCGCCGUCCUCGAGGAGCACCGCCGCCGCGAGAAGGAGCUCGUCCGCCGCGGCAAGAAGCCCUUCUACCUGAAGCGGUCCGAGCAGAAGAAGCGGCUGCUGGUCGAGCAGUUCCGGGGCAUGAGCAAGAAGCAGGUGGACAAGGCGAUCGAGAGGCGGCGGAAGAAGCUGGCGGCGAAGGAGAAGAAGCUGCUUCCUCUGGCGAGGAGGAGUGCGGAGGACAGGUGAAGAAGGUAGAGUUCAAGGGGGAGGAAAGGGGGGAGGGGGGAGGUCUUUGGAUCGUGUGCAACCGAUUCUAUGAU